UCACUGCACACUGAACGCCACAAAAGUCUUGUUGUUUGACUAUUUUUUUAACUGUUUACCACUCCCAUCAGGAUACAACAAACAUGGCAAACCGAGAUUUGAUUGACAUACACAAAGAUAAUUUGUAUGACAUACUUGGAGUUGCUCAUGGUGCUGCAGUAAAAGAUAUCAACAGAUCAUACAAAAAGCGUGCUUUAAAAGUCCAUCCCGACAAGAAUCCAGAUCCAGCAGCUCACAAGAUAUUUUUGAAGUUGACUCAAAUUUUGGAGUUACUCACUAAUCCUGAAAGUAGGCAAAGUUAUGAUACCGUCCUUAAGGCCAGAGAAGCUGCAAGAUUGCGCACAACAAAGUUAGAUGCCAAACGUAGAAAAUUGAAAGAAAGUCUGGAAAGUAAGGAAAAUGGUGAAACGUCUUGUACCUCAUUACGAAAAGCAGAAAAGUUGUUGCAAGAAACAAUAGAUAAAUUGCAAACUGAAGGUGAAAACUUGCUGAAAAGAGAAGAAGAAAAGUUGCGUCAGGAAUUCUCAGCAAAAACAAAUUUUGUUAUUGCAGAUAAGGCCACUCUAAAACUUAAGUGGAAAUGUAAAAAAGAAGAUACCAGUAACGGAGGAUACAGUACAGUUAUCCUAAGACAAUUUCUUCAAAAAUAUGGACCUGUUAGUGACAUAGUUGUGAAUUCUAAAAGAAAGGGGUCUGCACUUGUUGUUUUCAACUCAAUAGCUGCUGCAAAAAUUUGUAUGCAGAAAGAAAAAGGGUUAGAGGCAUGCCCGCUAUCAUUCAGAAUGUUACAUGAGACUGAUACAUCUGACAUCAAACAGCCAUCUCCUCGGACAGACAGUACAAACUCUCAAAGCUAUGUGCCAUUUCAGCCAUCAGAACCUGGCAAAUUUGCCUCAUUUCCUAGUUUCAAUGUCAGUCCUAACAUAGCCAGUUUUAACGGAAAUGGUGUCGACAAGGACUAUGAAUCUUUAACUCUCAUGAGGCUAAGACAAGCGGAAGAAAGAAAGCGACUGAUAGAACAGAUCCAACAGAAAGACGACCAUGAUGGGGAUGGAUUGUGAAAAUGUUAAAAAGCCUAGAAUUUAGGAAGCAGAAAUCGAUCAAUUUUAUUGACAAAAAUUUAGCUAUGUUGUUGUAAGAUUUAUAAAUAAUUAUAAAUAUAUAUUCUGAAUUGAUAUA